GUCACACUCGUCCGGUCCCCUCCGCUGUGUUCUGUUGGGGUCGGUGUUGCAUUCACUGUCGUGCGUUACAGUGAACGUCUCUCUGCCAGACCGGAGAUGUCGAUGCGGAGGGGGAGGGGAGGGCAGUAGCUGAGCGUAAGAAAAUGAAUUCAGAGGUCAGACACUGAGCCAGUAGUGGACUCUGGGACAGCCAAUCAACAAGAGAGGAUGAGUCUAAGCAUCAAAAUGAGUCAAGAUACUGCAGAGACACGAACACGAACCCGCUCCAAAGGCAACCGGGUGUUGUCAGAACUUGUGGGGGGACAAGAGAUAAAGCCAGAGUUAAGCAGCAGCUGUCCCACCCCGGGGUGUGAUGGCAAAGGCCAUGUCAGUGGAAGAUACUCUCGACAUAGAAGCAUACUGGGAUGCCCCAUAGUGAAGAAAAGGAAGCUGGAGGAGGCCGACGCCGACACUGACGCUGACACUGAGGAGAACCAGUCUGCUCCCAAGAGGAGGAACCAGCCCUCCAUCCAGGCAUCAGAGGAAGGCCUCACCGCAGACAGUGAUGCAACAGACGAGAAGGAGGCAGAGAAACAGGAGGAGGAGGGAGACGAGGAAGAAGAACUCAAAGAGAAGAAGAAAAACACAACAAAAACCAGGCCAGAGUCAACAAAAACACACUGCUCACUGGUGACAACGGAGGACACAGAAACAGCAGCGUGUCCUCUGGUUGAUGUUGGCGACAGUGAAAGCUUCACCUCAGAGACUGAGAAUGAAAGUGAAAGGGACAAAACUAGUGAGGAGGUGAAGCCGGUAACAGAGACUGAUGAUGUUCAGCUGGUGGAGACAGAGACGAAGGAGGAUGAGGAAGGUCAGCUGAUGACGAAGGAGGAUGAGGAAGGUCAGCUGAUGACGAAGGAGCAGUCGUCAGAGCAACCUGAAGAAGAACUCACCGAGCACAAAGAGACAAAAGAAGAGGAAGAAGAGGAAGCAGAAGAAGAAGAAGAAGAGGAAGAAGAAAAGGAAGAGAAAGAGCAGCAAGAAAAUAUUCUAAAAGAGAAGCCGGAAGAACAACACAUGAUAAGCCAGGGAAACUCUGAUCACCAGUACUCCAGUGGAGAUUACAACCAUCAGGCCAAAGAACUAACAGAGGAGCAGAGUAAGAGGGAGGAGCUGGAAGAGGAGGAGGAAGAGGAGGAGGAGGAGGAGGAGGAGGAAGAGGAGGAGGAAGAGGAGGUAGAACAGCAUGAGGUCCACCAAGAGGAAGAUGCUCCUUACACUUUGAGUCCCGGCACUCAGGGAUCUGAGGCUGAGAUGUCACUCAGGGAAGAAAAAGUCUGCACCCCUAUGACUGAGGAAGAGGAGGAGGAUGAAGAUGAGAGAGAGGAUGAGGAGGAUGAGAGGCGAGGGAAGGAAGUGGGCGAGGUGCUGGAGGAGGAAGAGGAGGACCGAGACUCCAGCAAAGCUUCUCCGACUACAGUGGUGAUAGAAGUCCGCUCUGAGGAGGAGGAGGAUGAGGAUGAUGAGGAAGAGGAAGAAGAGGAGGAGGAGGAGGAGGAAGAAGAAGAAGAGGAGGAGGAAGAAGAGGAGCAGGAUCGUGUCUCGGAGGGCUCAGGAAUCACGGAUGACUCAGAGAACUGGGAUAUGACUCGGGGGAACCUGGGGCUGCUGGAGCAGGCCAUCGCCCUGAAGGCGGAGGAGGUGAAGGGGGGCCAGGAGGCGCGGCGCUCCCCGGACUACCAACCGUACGGCUCCUCCUCCAAGAGCCUGGAGCCUGCUGCCGUGGCCCGCCGCUCCGCUCACUACAGCAAAGAGAAGAAAGAGGUGAAAUGUCCGACCCCGGGGUGUGACGGGACCGGUCAUGUGACUGGGUUGUACCCCCACCAUCGCAGCCUAUCAGGAUGUCCUCACAAAGACCGGAUCCCUCCAGAGAUCCUGGCCAUGCAUGAGAACGUCUUGAAGUGUCCGACUCCUGGCUGCACGGGCCAAGGCCACGUCAACAGUAACCGCAACACACACCGCAGUCUGUCCGGCUGCCCCAUCGCAGCAGCAACCAAGCUGAACAAGACCCAGGACAAGCAGGUUCAUCUCCAGGCUUCACCCACUGAGCCCGCUUCCAACUCUGACAGAGUGCUCAGGCCCAUGUGUUUUGUAAAGCAGCUGGAGAUCCCUCAGUAUGGCAGCUACCGGCCCAACACAGUGACCACCACGCCUCGAGCUAACCUGGCCAAGGAGCUGGAGAAAUACUCCAAGGUGUCUUUUGACUAUGCAAGCUUUGAUGUCCAGGUGUUUGGAAAGCGUAUGCUCAUUCCAAAGUCACCCAGCAGCACUGAAACAUCACCCAAAGCCUUCAAAACUAAAUCAUUCCCUAAGGCCUCCUCCCCCAGCCACAGUGUGUCAGGAGGCUUCUCUAAGGGCGCCUCAUCCUCCAGCAGUUAUGACUACAGCCAUGAUGCAGAGGCAGCCCACAUGGCAGCAACAGCCAUCCUCAACCUGUCCACUCGCUGCUGGGAGAGACCCGAGACUAUCAGCACCAAGCCCAGGGAGCCCUGCAGCAAGGAGUCAGAUAUUGAAGUGGAUGAGAACGGCACCUUGGACCUCAGCAUGAAGAAGACCAAGAGGGAGGGCAUGCAGCCUCCAGAGCCUUCAUCCUCCUCGUCUUCGUCCACUCAACUCAUUGGAGCUACCUUGUCUCAGGGCCACACUCAGCCAGAGUGGGAGGGGCCACUGGACUUCACCAAACCCAGUGGAGUCAAAGAGGAAGACCACGAAGAGGUGGAAUAUACAGCCCCCUCAUACACCUCAUCUGAUGCCGAGGAAGAGGACCAGGAGAACUUGGAGGACAGGAAGUACCCCGGUGAGGUCACCACCAGCAGCUUCAAGGUCAAGUUUCAGCCCAAAGACAGCAAAAAAGAGGUUCUUGUAUGUCCCACCCCAGGCUGUGAUGGCAGUGGACACAUCACUGGCAACUAUGCAUCCCAUCGAAGUCUGUCAGGCUGUCCUCUUGCUGAUAAAUCACUUCGGACCCUCAUGGCUGCCCACACAGCUGAACUAAAGUGUCCGACUCCAGGUUGUGAUGGAUCAGGCCACAUCACAGGAAACUAUGCUUCACAUAGAAGUCUGUCUGGAUGCCCUCGGGCCAAGAAAGGUGGGAUCAAAACAACUCCCACCAAGGACGACAAGGAGGACUCUGAGCUGUUGAGGUGUCCGGUUCCUGGUUGUGACAGUCUGGGCCACAUCAGUGGGAAGUACGCCACCCACCGCAGUGCCUACGGCUGUCCGCUGGCAGCACGCCGCCAGAAGGAAGGUCUUCUCAACGGCACGCCCUUCUCUUGGAAGGCCUUCAAGACUGAGGGCCCGACCUGCCCGACGCCAGGCUGCGACGGCUCCGGCCACGCUAACGGCAGCUUCCUGACACACCGCAGUCUGUCAGGUUGUCCCCGAGCGUCGGCCAACAAGAAGAGAGCCAAGUUCCCUGGAGACGAGUAUAUCACUGCAAAGUUCAGAGCCAGCGACGUUCUGGACAACGAUGAGGACAUCAAGCAGCUCAACAAGGAAAUCAACGAGCUGAGCGAAUCCAACUCAGAGAUGGAGGCCGACAUGAUGAACCUGCACACCCAGAUCUCGUCGAUGGAGAAGAAUCUGAAGAGCAUGGAGGAGGAGAACAAACAUAUCGAGGAGAAGAAUGAGGCCUUGUUCCUGGAGCUGUCCGGCCUGAGUCAGGCCCUGAUCCGCAGCUUGACCAACAUCCGUCUACCCGCCAUGCAGGAGCCGCUGUCAGAGCAGAACUUUGACAGCUACGUGGAGACCCUGACCCACAUGUUCACCAAUAAAGACUGCUACCAGAACCCCGAGAACCGGGCUCUACUGGAGUCCAUCAACCAGGCGGUGAAGGGCAUCGAGGUGUGACGGACAGGAGGCGGGGCAUCACAGUCACUACACCAACCUUUCUUUCCCAACCCUUUAGAUACUGUAUGUAAUGAAUUCUCAUUUGGAUCUUCGUCCUCUGUUCUUUGCAUUAGUUUGCUGUUUGCAUGUUGCUUUAUGAUGGUGUGAGUGUGAACAGGUUAGGGUGUGGAUGGAGUUAAACUGUUACAGUGAGCAAGAGAAUCUCCAGGUAUACACAGAACAGAGUCGGGAGUGCAGUAUACGACCUGAGAAGAGCAAACUCUCUUAGUUAGUGAACAUAUCCUAUCUUCACUCAAUAAUGUUAAUAGUAUUCGAUAUGAGCAUAGUGAUGUUGCACCUCCAGGACUAGUUUGUAGAUUCAUUCUUACUAUUGCUGUGUAACUAUUUAAGUCCUUUGCAAAUGUUGGUUUAAUAACUUUUUUCAUCCAUGUCUGCUGUAUUUUUAUGUUGGCCUAUUUAUGCUUAUCUAUUUAUUACUUUUUUAAUUUAAAAAUCCUACCUGAGAAGAUUUUAAACAGUAACCAAGAGAAGGGAAUCAUUUCCUCUGCAUUGUUGAACAAAGAGGAAAUAUUUUAAGAUAUCAACUAUGAAUUCUUUUAUAUAUCUUAUUAUUUAUUUAAAAUACUGGGAUCUUUUUAAGUGCAAAUAUUUUGUAACUGAAAGUUUUUUAAUAAUUUUCUAAAGAUUUUUUUUUGUGCUUCUGUUUAUAUAUGAUUUCCCUUUUUAUUUUCACAAACUAUUUUGAGUACAUUACAAUACCCUGGGAAUAUUGAGCUGCACAUAUUUGGUAUUUAUUUGGUGAUGAAGAACAAAGUGAUGGUGAAUAUUUAUUUUGUAUUGUCUACGUGUUAAUGAUGGCUGUGUAUGGAUUAGUCUUUAAGUUGCUCUUGAAAUAAAGGUUAACCCACAGUA